AUGUCCAGAUACUUGAGCCUGUACAACCUGCUCAGCUUCUCGCUGUGGCUGGCUAUUCUUGUGCGUUUGUGCAUCCUUUAUUACUUGGUUGGUCCCGAGUUUGUCUCGGAGGGAAUGGCCGAGUUUGUGAGCUGGGUCCAGGCCCUUGCUGUGCUCGAAGUGGUCCAUGUCAUUUUUGGGCUGGUGAGAUCUAGCGUGAUCACCACUGCCAUGCAGGUGGCCUCUCGCUUGGCAAUUAUUUGGGGCGUCGUCCGUCUGUUCCCUGCUUCGGGUGCCUCUGUCGCCUUCUCCACUAUGGUUCUUGCCUGGGCCAUCACCGAAUGUAUUCGGUACCCUUACUACUUCUUUGCACUCCAAGGCCGUGUUCCUCCCAUUCUCGAGUGGAUUCGUUACACCGCUUUCAUCGCCCUUUACCCAUUGGGCGCCAUCAGUGAGGCCUGGCUCGCCUACCGAGCCCUGCCCGCUGCUCAGUUCUGGCAUCCCUAUUAUGCGCUAUUCCUCAAGGUCUUAUUGCUGAUUUACCCUCCUUCUUUCUACGUUCUUUAUAUGCAUAUGUGGAAGCAACGUCGGAAGGUGUUUGGACGUAAACUGAAGCGCAAUUAA